CGCACGCUUCACCAACGACUCCCCAAGCCAUUCUUUCAACGACAGCCCGCUUCACUCGUUCAGCGGCUAUCAUCACGGUAUUCUCAUAUCACAAUGGGUGUCUACACUGUCGCGGCGCUUCUUGCGUCUGGCCUGUUGGCCAAUGCCGUUCCUCACGCCGGCAAUGAGCACCAGCAUGCUCACCUCCACAAGAGGCACAGCAACUACACCGUUCCUGCGGUCGUUGUCCAGGCCGACGAGUGCGCCUACGAGACGUACACCAAGACAUGGUACGGCGAGCCAACCAUGGCUAUGGAUACACCAGCCUCGACCUACGUCGCUCCUCCUCCAGCUUCGACCUAUGUUGCUCCUCCUCCAGCCUCGACAUACGUUGCUCCUCCACCCGCUACGACCUCCAAGGCUCCUCCAGUCUACGUUGCGCCGACGCCCGCAACGUACGAGGCACCGGUCUCCUCAUCAGCACCGGCCUACUCUGCCCCUGCAUACUCCGUGCCAGCCAUCGCCAAGCAGGUCCUCAACGACGUCCACGCGGCCAUCACGCCCAGCGGCAACAAGUGGGCCAUGACCUACACUCCCUACGCGCAGGACGGCACAUGCAAGUCCGCCAGCGACGUCGCCUCCGACAUCAAGUCGAUCAAGUCCAUGGGCUUCACUACCGUUCGCAUCUACGCGACCGACUGCUCCGGCCCAGAGAACGUCGGCGCUGCCUGCGCCGCCGAGGGUCUCAAGAUUAUCCUCGGAGUGUACAUCGAUGGGUCCGGCAUCUCCGGUACCUGCCACGAGCAGAUCAGCACCUUGACCACCUGGGGCGCGGAUAACUGGUCCAUGGUUGAGAUGGUCGUUGUCGGAAACGAGGCCGUCUUCCAAGGACACACCGAUGCCGGCUCGCUCGCCGCGUUCAUCAGCGACACCAAGUCCAAGUUCCAGGCUGCUGGCUACACCGGUCCCGUCACUACCACCGAGACCGUCGCCGUCAUCGUCGAGAACGCCGCCAUCUUCUGCCCUGUCAUCGACUGCGUCGCCGCCAACAUCCACCCAUACUUCAACGGCGCAGUCGCUGCCUCCGGUGCCGGUGACUUUGUCAAGACGGAGUUGGCUCUCCUCGAGUCUGCCUGCCCUGGCAAGGACACCUACAACCUCGAGACUGGCUGGCCAUCCGCCGGUAACGCCAACGGAGCUGCCAUUCCCGGUACCGCCGAGCAGAAGGAGGCCAUUGACUCGAUCGUUGCCGUCUGUGGCUCCAAGUCCGCUAUCUUCUCCUUCGAGAACGACACCUGGAAGGCCGCCGGUAACCUCGGUGUUGAGCAAUACUGGGGUGCUUCUUCAGUCUUCGCCGCUCCUUCGUACUAGAUGUAAUGAUUGGCAAUGAAUGUUCAGCUCGAGCGAGCGAGGG